AUGGGGCGGCAGACGGGCCUGGGCAGUGCAGAAACGCGUUGGAAGCAGUUGCGACGACUGCAACAAUUGGUUGCAGAGAUUGUCGGUGGCGCGAGCUGUGACUCUGUCGGUGGUGGCAACGGAGAUCGAAGAUCGCUAAAUUCGCCCAUAAGAUUGACGUGCCAGAAGGAACGGAUACUGUGGGUGGCGCAGCCUUCGAUGAAAUGUGGUCGCUUGGCUCCGCUGCAGUUUAGAACCAACGAAACCGCUGCUGUCGUGGUCUGUCGACAGACAACCACCAAUUCGCCUGUCCAGCCGGGCUCCCUGGCACGACUCAAGCGAGAAGUGUUGCAACGAAACACGAGCGGUCUAUUGUACGCUGCGGCACGACAAGCAUCGCUGCAGACUUGA